AUGUGUGAUCGCCCUCCCAACCUGCACACCUUGAUAGCUGCACCUUCCUGGAGGUGGGCUGUAGGCAGUGGCGUGGUCUCUUAUCGGCUGAGAUUUGGACUGAGCAACAAAUUUGAAUCAGAAUUUCCUUCUUCAUUAACUGGAAAAGUAGCUCCUGAAGAAUUUAAAGCCAGCAUCAACAGAGUUAAUAGUUGUCUUAAGAAGAACCUUCCUGUUAAUGUACGUUGGCUACUUUGUGGCUGCCUUUGUUGCUGCUGCACAUUAGGUUGCAGUAUGUGGCCAGUUAUUUGCCUCAGUAAAAGAACACGAAGAUCGAUUGAGAAGUUAUUAGAAUGGGAAAACAAUAGGUUAUACCACAAGCUGUGCUUGCACUGGAGACUGAGCAAAAGGAAAUGUGAAACGAAUAACAUGAUGGAAUAUGUCAUCCUCAUAGAAUUUUUACCAAAGACACCGAUUUUUCGACCAGAUUAGCGUUUACUUUAUUUAUAGAGACUUUCCAAGUAUGUUGUCUUUCCAAUGGUGCCUUGCUUGGUGCUCUCCUGGUGGUGACAUAACAUUGGUUCUACAGAAUCAUGUGGUGUUUUUGUUUUUUUGUUUUUUAAAUAAGUGCAUGUUCUAUGUGUGCGUAUUUGUCAAACUUUGCCAGUUAUUUCAUACAGAUGUUUAAUACUUAAGUUAUUGUGCUCUCUUCUGUUAUGUAUUCUGAUUUUCAAGAAUUACUGUUUUGUAUUCUCAAAAAAAUACAUUUGAACUUAGCAUAAAAAGUGG